AUGGACGUGGACGUGGACAUGGACGUGGUCGUGGACGUGGGCGUGGACGUGGACGUGGACGUGGACGUACACGUGGACGUGGACGUGGACGUGGACGUGCACGUGGACGUGGAUGUGGACGUGGACGUGCACGUGGACGUGGACGUGGACGUGGACGUGGACAUGGACGUGGACGUGGACGUGGACGUGGACAUGGACGUGGACGUGGACGUGGACGUGGACGUGGACCUGGACGUGGACGUGGACGUGGACGUGGACGUGGACCUGGACGUGGACCUGGACGUGGACGUGGACGUGGACGUGGACUUGGACGUGGACCUGGACGUGGACGUGGACAUGGACAUGGACGUGGACGUGGACGUGGACGUGGACGUGGUCGUGGACGUGGACGUGGACGUGGACGUGGACGUGGUCGUGGACGUGGACGUGGACGUGGACGUGGUCGUGGACGUGGACGUGGACGUGGACGUGGACCUGGACGUGGACGUGGACGUGGACGUGGACGUGGACGUGGACAUGGACGUGGAGGACGUGGACGUGGACGUGGACAUGGAUGUGGAUGUGGAGGACUUGGACGUGGACAUGGACGUGGACUUGGACGUGGACUUGGACGUGGACGUGGACGUGGACCUGGUCGUGGACGUGGACGUGGACCUGGUCGUGGAUGUGGACGUGGACGUGGACGUGGACGUGGACGUGGUCGUGGACGAAGACGUGGACGUGGACGUGGACGUGGACGUGGACGUGGUCGUGGACGAAGACGUGGACCUGGACGUGGUCGUGGACAUGGACGUGGACGUGGACGUGGACGUGGUCGUGGACGUGGACGUAGACGUGGACGUGGUCGUGGACGUGGACGUGGACGUGGACGUGGUCGUGGACGUGGACGUGGUCGUGGACGUGGACGUGGACGUGGACGUGGACAUGGUCGUGGACGUGGACGUGGACGUGGACAUGGACGUGGACGUGGACGUGGACGUGGACGUGGCCGUGGACGUGGUCGUGGACGUGGACGUGGACGUGGACGUGGUCGUGGACGUGGACGUGGACGUGGACGUGGACGUGGACGUGGACGUGGACGUGGACGUGGACUUGGACGUGGACGUGGACGUGGACGUGGACAUGGACGUGGACGUGGACGUGGACGUGGACGUGGACGUGACGUGGACUUGA